GGUCAUAAUAAAAUGGAGGUCAUUAGUGGUGAAAUGGAGAGAACUCUAAAGAGACAUUUGGAAAGAGAUACCUUUCUAUCUACAUUCCAAUGUUGUACAGAGAGUGUCAUUAUUCCUGAUACGUUUGUAAAUUCUUCAUUACUGGAGGGAGUCCGUCUUGUCAUUACUAACAGUGUUCCUGAGCAAUUACUAUUCCACAUCAAAGAAUACGUGAAGUACAUGAUAAACCAGACCAACCCUCACUGUGUUGAGCUACUCUCAGAUACAAUGGAGACACUAGUCAAUAGGUCCUCUUUGAUACCAGCUAGGGCUGUGUGUGAAGUAGUUCUGUCUGAGAUCAGUACCAACAAUUUAAUGACUUGGAAGCAAGGACUCACUUUAAUACACAACAUCAUUGGAGCAGUAGAUUAUAAAGGAUGUCGUGAUGUCAUGAAGCUCUUGCUUGACAAGUUUGACGCUUUUCCUCGUAGCAUACCCGAGAAACUGAUGCCAGCAAUUCAUUCGGGAAGAAAAAUUUUGAAUUAUAUUUUGGAUCGGAAUGCUUCACUGAUGCCUUCAUACAUGGCACAUGAUGAGAUACAGCGACGCUACUCAGCUCCUGAAACUCACCCUCACUGGGCUCUUAAGGAUAUCAUUGCUAGUCUUAAAGGAGGAAUGGAGGUUGUUGCUGGCCUUGUUUCUGGAAACAUGCUUCCCAACCUAGUCCCAGUCAUUGGUUGCUCCAAUACGGCUGGUAACGCUUGGAAACUGGACCAGGAUAAAACCUGCUUUUCAUUACCGGGGAGACUACCCUAUUCACAGUGUUUAUUGAAGACUCAGUAUGAGCUGUUGUAUCGUGUGUUGGCUCAGCCUCAGUCUAAGGAGAUUGUUGUAUCAAUGUUUAACAAUGGGAAACAGCCUCAUAUCCAGUCAGUCCUGUUAGAGUGUAUUGUGAGGUUAUUAGUGGAGGCUACAAAGGCCACCGAUUCAUGGGAUAUUGUUGAUUCAGCAGUUAACCUUAUUUGGAGUCAUCUCGUCAAUACAGUACUAUACAUGGCAGCACUGCAACUUGUUAAUUUUAACUCGAUCAUCUCCGAAUUAAAAAAUAAACUAACUGGUCAUGUUUUAACGAGAGGGCGUGGUUACCUGAUGUGGUUCAUACUAAGUAUGCUAACGGGUUCAGUCCAACAUGAAACUACCAAAAGAGAGCACGAGCUGUACUCCGGACUCAUUGGGACGCUCUAUACUGAAACGGAGCCACUCCCACUUCCUAAUAUGGAGUCCAUGAGCAGUGUAUACCAGUUUGCAGCCCCCAGUGUGUGGCUAAUGCUGAAUAAAAAGGUUGAGCCUGGUGUUGUGAUAGCCGAUCCUCCUGUUGCUAUCCAGCAUCAUGUUGAGUUCAUUAGAAACCAGUUUUCCUCGUUAUCACCCGAAACCCCUCCCACCCCAUUAAUAAUGGUCAUCCUCCUCAACUCUUUUCAUACUACUGGGGAUACAUACACUAUGCUACUCUCAAUGAUUCUGAACACAAGCGAGCAUCCGCUGUCACAAGACUGUAUUAACCUAAUGGUACUACAUGCUAAAACCAGGUUAGGAGAGAAGAUACGGGUUCAGCUGAUGAGAGCUGCCGAGUCAUCAAAGCACCAGCAACAGGUCCAGCAGGAAAAUAACAAGAACAUGAUAACAGCUGGUCUACUGGAAACUUACUCUCAUCUACUGCUCUGGCUCGGGACGAAACUAUUUCAAUCUCAGUUGAUUCCAAUGGUGUUCAAGGUCCAAGAGUGGAGUAUGCUACAGAACCUUCUUGAGCUGAUUAGUAACAGGAUCCACUCACAGCUCCAGAUAUCCUCUCGUUUCAACAUAUUAAUACUCCUCCAUUCCAUUGCUGGUGUCUGCAUUAUACCAACACAGUUAUUCAUUGGAGCUGAAAACACUUCAUUGUACCUAAUAAUGGGACUAGCUGAGGGGGAGAUGUUACCACUUCAACUCGGAAAGAUGUCAAACGAACCAAAGACACUGUUUCAUGCUGAUUCUGAUGAACUCAACAAGACACUGAUACUGUCACUGGCUCAGUCACUCACCCUCUCUAGAGUGGACCUUAGCAAUUGGCUUGAUAAAUUGUUUAAAGAUCUAGAACCAGCAGUCUUUCAAUGGCCUGAGAGUUCAUUGCAGUUCCUACCAGGAGUCCUCAAGCAGAGGUGCCACACUCCAUCACACGAUAACAUUCGCUUGCUUCUUGUCAAGAGAAUCGAAGAAGAAUAUCAGAAACUAAACAGUACAAGCGAGCAGGUUCUCCAGCAGUACUACAGUGAAGGGGAUAAUAGCACAUACUUAUUUUGUGUAUUGUGGAAGCAGUUUUUGACAACCGGCCAAAUAACUCCUCUAGUAUCAAGAUUAUUGCAGAGGUUACGUCUCUCCCCAAAGAGACAAGUCAGCGACUUGAGGAGGUUGAUCGACUACAUCGUCUACACCUGCCCCUCCCCUUCAACUCCCUCCAACAACGACUUCAUGCACGUGGUCUCCUGCCUUGAUAGCCUGGUCUGGAAGUAUUUCUUAUAUCCACUGGAUAGGCUACUCUUAUGCAUAAUAUGGAGGUAUCACAAUAAACAAGACACAGUGACAGUAAUGAUGCUCACCUAUCACCUCUUAAUGAGUGAUAGUGUUCUUAAUAGACUCACACACUUUCUUGAUACUAUGCCACAUUGGAGUGAUGCGGAAUGGGGCCAGAAGCACAGUGAAUAUUUGAGUAGUUUUCCCGAGUGCUUUACAUUCGACACGUCUGGGACUGCCACAUGCUCCAAUAACUCAACAAUGAAUAUGAUAUUCGGUAACGUUUGUCUUCGUUUGCUACCAAUAAUCGACCUGGUCAUACAAAGGAUGUUAGAGGUCCCAUUGUCCUAUCAGUCGCUACUCGAGCCGCUACUGAAUAAAUACAAAGGCUUGUACAGAUAUCACAAGUCUCCAGUCUCAUUUCUGUAUAGGAUGCUUCACUAUUAUUCUCCUUCAUUGAUUGAUGUGCCUCAAGUUAAAGAACAGCUUGUAUCAAGUAUAUUAGGUAGUCUGUCCCCUGAACAAUUGUCUCAUGAAAUGAUGUUUAGUACCUUAUUCAAGAAUACAGUUAUCGAGAAAAAGCAAGAAAUAGGAGAAGGACCAUCUUCAGAGUAUUGGCAAGAACUUCUUAUACAAAUAAAUAAUGCAAUGACACCAUUCAAGAACCCUUCAGUCUCUCACUUGAGCUGGCCGCUGAGUGAGUUCACUAAUCCUGUGUCUAGUCUAGUGAUGUCGGCAGCCCUUGAGAUCAUGAGCUUUUCACUUCCAAUCAAGGCGCUUAUACAUACCUUACUUAAUACACUACUGGCAGAAUAUACUUCAUCAUCAACUCCUUCGCAGCAAAGCAUUGAACUACUUAAUGUGGCUGGGUCCCUGUUAGCUAUUUUACCAGAUUCUUAUUCGACGUUUUUUUAUGAAGAGCUUUUUACUUUUUUAAUGUCUUCGCCUUUCAAGGAGAGCGUAUCCAUGGAGGCAUUCGUUGAAGGGACACAGGCGAGAUUCCUCCUCAAUUUCUCUCACUCUUUCCUCCAUCAUUCCAAUAUAUCAGUAAUUGGUGGACUGCUAACUUGGCUCCAGAUUAGGUUGAAGCCUCAUAUCACCACUGAAGCUCAGUUGCUGUUCCUCUGUCAUCUUUUAGCCCCUGCCUUGAACAGAUUAGCCUCUGAAAAGCCAACCCUCCUCAUGCAGGUUGUCAUUGAGCUCUAUCAGUUGAUAAAGCAGGUUGAUUCGGCUCAGGAAGGCUCAAUAACAAACUGUGCUCCAAUCUGUGAUCUAAUGUAUCACAUAAAGUAUAUGCAUAUUGGUGAUUAUAAGAAAGAAGUGCUUGAGGGGAUCAUACUCUCCCUCCAUCCAUCAAUGAGACUAAUGCUAAGGUUUCUAGUACAGAGCACUACUGCUGGGGCAGCCCUCACUCCUGUCAUGAUGGCACCUCCAACACAAGACCUGACUCCAAUGCAUUAGCUACAAUAAGGCAGUUUGACAUUUUCCCUUCAUCCAUACAAUAUUCAGACUUUUCUAUUAUUAUUAUUAUUAUUAUCAAUAAUACAUUGAAAAUCAAGACGGAUAUUGUUUCUCUCAGCGUAGUGUUAGUUAUUUGCUCUUCUGUGGUCUUUUUGUGCUUGUGUUAGACUUUGUUUGGUUGUGCCAAAUAUUCUCUUUGUAAUGUA